CGGCCACUCGCAAGCUCGCCGCGCGACGAGCUUGUGCGCGCCUACUUCAUCUGGAGCGCCGUUGGCGUGCCUUAUCUUGUCGACUUUGCGCCGGGCCUGCUGGCAUGGGCGAGAUCAUCUUCACUGCCGGGCGUGGCUGCGAUGACUGACUGGAUCGUUCGCAAGACCUUCUUCGCUCAUUUCGUCGGCGGCGAGACAGUCGAGGCCACGCUGCCUCUGCUGGACUCGCUCGCUCAGCGUCACACUGGGGUCAUUCUGAACCACUCCUGCGAAGUCGACUCGCACCAUCGCGCUGCAGAGGCCCGCGCCACUGUGCACGCCGCGUUGAUCACUUCGCUCCUGCACUCGAUCGACGUCGCCUCCAGCUCUUCCUCAUCCGCUGCAGAGGUCGGCAGCGUCAGCAUCGCGAUCAAGCUCUCCGGUCUGCUGUCAUCGCCUGCGGUCUUCGAGCGCGUCAGCGCAGCGAUUGUGCCUCGCGAGCACUUCUCUCUGCCUCCUGCGCCGGCGCCACCGGCGGGCGUCGGCGGCGGCAGUUUGAGUGUUCCGCUUGCGGCGCUCGAUGCGGCAGAUGCCAGCGCGCUCAAAGAGCUGUGGGAAGCGCUGAGAGGCGUAGCGAGGCAUUCGCGAAAGAAGAACGUCAGACUGCUGAUAGACGCCGAGUACUCGUGGUAUCAGCCUGCCAUCGAUGCCCUGUACGAGGCCUUGGCCUGCGAGUUCAACUCGCUGUCCGAUCAGCAAGCUUCUCAACCGCUCCUCUUCAACACAUAUCAGACGUACCUCAGACGCACGCCUUCCCACCUCGCGGCCUCGCUCGAGCGUGCAAGACGCGGUGGCUACGCUCUCGGCGUCAAGCUUGUGCGCGGCGCCUACGUGGAUAUCGAAAAUGCCGCCUGGCGCACACACGUCGUGCAGCCUCCGCCGGCGGGACAUCACCGUGACGAGAAGGCAGUGGCGAAGGAAGAGCGAGGCAGUCCGGUGUGGGCCAGCAAGGCCCUGACGGAUGCGUGCUACGACGCCUGCGCAGCCCGCCUGAUCGACGAGCUCGCCAAGGACUCGGCGGAUGGCGCUCCACGGUUGGCAGUCGUCUUUGCCUCCCACAACGUCGCCUCCGCACGCGCCGUCGUGGCACAGAUGCAGACCUGUGGCCUCGCCAGCUCGCCAAGCUCGCAGCCAGAGGACCAAGAGACCGAGUCACACGUCGUCGUGCUUCCGCACGUCCGCGGCCGGCUGGCCUUUGCGCAGCUCUACGGCAUGGCCGACGAGCUGACGCGCUUGCUGCUGCACACCUUCGCUGCACCCUCCCCUGCCGGUAUCAGCGACGUCUCGGCGACGCCACUGGUGCACAAGUACGUGCCCUGGGGCGCGCUCGACGACGUGCUGCCGUACCUUCUGCGCCGUGCGCAAGAGAACAGCAGUCUGUCGGCCGGCGCCCGCCGCGAGCGACAGCUCAUCUGGAGCGAGGCACGAUGGCGGAUG